AUGCUCCAAACUCUGUUGAGGUAGGUCAAAAAUGUUUUAAGGGAUUUUAAAGUCUGAUAUUUUUCAGAUUUAGCAAGUUUUGAAAAUAAAUCUAAAUUACAGUAAUCUCUCAAAAAACAAAAUAGAAUUGUAGAAAAUGCCCGAUUCUGUUCACGGUGUUUUAAAAAAAGCUAAUUUGAAAAUUUUUUAUUUAUAAAUGUUAUUUACAACCUCUUGUGUUAGUUUAAAUCUCAAUUUUCUCUCAUUAAUUUUUAUUGCCAAAAUCCAUCCACUUUUUCCAGAAAAAAAACAAAAAUUCAAAACUCCUCCCGCCUUCAGUUCACUGGAGCGCACAUUCCUGCAAGCAACAAAUGCGCUCCACCGAACAAGCGUCUUUUUUUUGUUUUGUGGUUUUUUUAAUACAGAAAAAAAUAAAACGAUCCAAAAUUGCUAUGAAAAUGUGACUGUAUCUAUACUACAGUAAUAUUUCUGUUAAAUUUAUAUUUUAUGGAAAACCUAUGAUAUUCCAAUGGUUGAUUUCAAAUUUUUUUGAAAAAAAAAAAUGGUGAGUUUUUUAAACUAAUUUUUUCGGAAUCUUACCACGUCAUAAAAAAAUUUUCAAAUUUCAGAUGGCAAUCCUAACUCCCACAAGAUCAGAAAUGAGAUAUAUCAAAAAUUAAAUUUUGUAUGGAAAAAGUGAGUUUUAUGUAUAAUGAGGAAUAACUUGACUAGAUAAUAAUUGAUUUUUAAAAAAAACCUAGAAUUAAUUUUGGGAUAGAAAAUUUCAAAUUUACAGUUAUUUUAAGAUGGUUUUUUCCAGGAUCACACUAAAAGAAAUCGAUGAUUUCAAAAUAUUUUCAAAUAUCAAUCAUACUGUAUCUAAACUACAGUAAUCUCUAGCCGUCAGACCACUUUCUUCAGCUGUAUCGAUCUUAGAUAGCCGACCAAAAUCAAAUAACUAAACUACUGUAUUUAAACUACAGGAAUCUCUCAGCAAAUGUAAGUUCUUGUUUCAUUUUUGGCGGAAAAAUGAAAAUUCAAAUUUUUUCAGGAUUUCGUCAAAUUGUUUGGAUCGUUACCAUCAUACCAGUAUUUGUCGUGCCGAGGUUUGAAAUUCUGA